CGUUGUAAACCGCAGUCGGUGUUCUGUCAGAUCACUUUGUCUGUCUCAGGCUCUUUCUGAGCUCCGGGUCUGGACGGUGAAUGAGGUUGAUGCUGCUGUGCUGCACCUGGAAGGACGAGCGUAUGGGAGAGGAAGAAGCAGGAGUACGUUUACCCGUGUGUGCGGGGUGCAGGCACAGUAUUUAUGACGACCAGUACCUCCAGGCACUCAACACAGACUGGCACACUGUCUGCUUCAGGUGCUGUGAGUGCAACGCCUCUCUCUCCCACUGGUACUAUGAGAAGGAGGGGCGGCUGUUCUGCAAGAAGGACUACUGGGCCAGGUUUGGAGAGCUGUGCCAUGGCUGCUCGGAGCCCAUCGCCACCGGCCUCAUCAUGGUCGCAGGAGAACAGAAGUAUCACCCCGAAUGCUUCACCUGUCUGAACUGCAGGGUCUUCAUUGGUGAUGGGGACACGUAUGCAUUAGUGGAGCGCUCCAAGCUGUACUGUGGGCGCUGCUAUUACCAGACGAUUGUGACUCCGGUCAUUGAGCAGAUCCUCCCGGACUCCCCGUGCUCCCGGAUCCCGCACACUGUCACGCUGGUGUCCAUCCCCGCCUCCACCGACGGCAAGCGUGGCAUCUCCGUGUCCAUCGAUGAGGGCUGCAGCUCCAGUGGGUGUGGGGCUGACCAUACCCAUACAGUCAGAGUCAAGGAAUUAGACACGGAGUGUAUCAGCCCGGAUGUGAAGAACUCGAUCCAUGUCGGGGACAGGAUCCUAGAGAUCAAUGGCACGCCCAUCCGAAAUGUUUCUCCCGACGAGAUCGACCUGUUGAUCCAGGAGACGAGCCGACUGCUGCAGCUGACCAUAGAGCACGACCCCCACGGCUCAGGGUCAGAAGAGGAGGUGGACGGAGCGAGCCCGCUGUCCGACCUGUGCAGCCCCCUCAGACCCCUACCUCGCACCCCCUGCGCGGAUACCAGCGGCAUCCGCUCUCGAGUCAUCACGAGGAGCUGCAGUAUUGACAAGUCUCCCUGCUCCAGCAACACAGCCUCCCCCCAUUUCCAUCGCAAGGAUAUCGGCCGCUCCGAGUCCCUGCGCGUCGUCACCACCCAGACUCACCGCAUCUUCCGCCCCUCGGACCUCAUCCACGGGGAGGUGCUGGGGAAAGGCUGCUUCGGACAGGCCAUCAAGGUGACGCACAAGGAUACUGGGGAGGUGAUGGUGAUGAAGGAGCUGAUUCGUUUUGAUGACGAUACUCAGAGGACCUUCCUAAAAGAGGUGAAGGUGAUGCGUUGCCUGGACCACCCCAACGUUCUGAAGUUCAUCGGGGUUCUUUAUAAGGACAAGAGGCUCAACUUCAUCACGGAGUACAUCAAAGGAGGCACCCUGAGGGACAUCAUCAAAAAAAUGGAUAGCAAGUAUCCAUGGAAUCAGCGAGUCAGUUUUGCCAAGGAUAUUGCAGCUGGAAUGACCUACCUGCAUUCCAUGAACAUUCUGCACCGGGACUUGAAUUCAUACAACUGUCUUGUUCAAGAGAACAAGAGCGUGGUUGUGGCUGAUUUCGGGCUGUCCCGGCUGAUGGUGGAAGACAAGCACCAGACAGACAAGCUCUCCGCCAACAAACUGCCGACGCUGAAGAAGCAUGACCGACGGAAGCGCUACACGGUGGUGGGGAACCCUUACUGGAUGGCUCCUGAAAUGAUCCACGGAAAGAGUUACGACGAGAAGGUGGAUGUCUUUUCCUUUGGGAUCAUGCUGUGUGAGAUCAUCGGCAGGGUCAAUGCGGACCCGGACUACCUGCCCAGGACGAUGGAUUUCGGUCUCAAUGUCAAGGGCUUCCUGGAUCGCUUCUGCCCCCCUGACUGCCCGCAGUCCUUCUUCCCCAUUGCAGUCCUGUGCUGUGACCUGGACCCAGAGAAACGACCCUCGUUUGCCAAGCUGGAGCAGUGGCUGGAGAACCUGAAAAUGCACAUGGAGAACCGGCGUCCAUUGACCUCCGAACUCGACCGGAUCAUGCAGGACUUUUGGCAAAGCCACACGCGCUCCGAGAACGGGCUGCACACACACCCCGAGCAGCCUGAGUAACUGGCAAUGGACGUAGGAGGUGGGGUGGGGAGGGGGGUCCACUCACAUCAAACUGUCUGCCACCACACAGGCAGCGAGAACCCAGGUGUAGAUAAUGGAAGUUGGAACUGGUUUUCACUGGGACAGACUUGGCUAUCAAUUCUGGGGGUUCGAAAGCUAAUCAAAACGCACUUUCGUUAUCGAACACAGAAUGUCACUUCAGCAUCACGACUCUAUCUAUUGAAUGUUCGUUUUAAUGUUGUUCUCUUAUUAAUCAUAGUACAGGAGUAGAGAAGUCUUUUAAAAGCUCCCUGUUACUGGAAUCAGUGGGGUUUAUUUAUACGAAUGGCACCUGUGAAACACUAAAAGUGUUGGUUUAGGUUGUGUUGCGCUUAAAUAUUUAGUAUUUUGACAUUCUAUUACGUUUUAAAUAGAAUUGUAAAAUUAUAAAUAUUUAAAGGGGGGAGAAAAAAAAAGAAAGGGUGCAUUGACUUUAAAUAGCCCUAACUGGUAGAUAGCAAGAUGCUUUGGUAGUUUCUGAAGUGUACAGUAGAGGGCGCUAUAGCAUCAUAACCUCAAAUAGAAUUCCACAGCCUCUUAGUCCCACGUAAUUGCGUCUAAUAGGUCAUCAUGCACAGCAAAGCAUGGUUGUUUUUGUGUAACCCGAUCAUUGCUGAUUCUGAUAUCCGGAUUGACUGUAAAUAGUUGCCGCCAUCAUGUAAAUGUUUAAAAGAUUAUAACUGUACAGAAAUAUUUUAUAUAUUAAGGCUGCAUAUCCAUAUUUUUAUUGCUUUACAUGAAUAACCUGGCUAUACUUUUAAAUCCCCUUGCCUGGCAAUGGAGUCUGCACUGCUUUGUCGAGCUUAGACGUUUCACUGUAAAAACAAAACAGGGAAAUAACCAGAAAUAAUGAGUCACCGAUAUGUCUGUAUAUCCAAACCCAACUACUGUCUCUUUUUGGGGGUUACCUAUUGAAAUGGUUACUUUUCUAGUGUAUAGAUGGCACCAUGAUACCAAAUGUUUUCAUGAGUAAGGCCAAAGAUACUGUAUCCAAAUCAGAAACCUUGUCAGAUCAUUGGCUGUUCUUUUUUUUCAGCCCUGAUUUUACUGAGGUUCUUUUUACAGUGUAAAAUGCAAUACAAUUAAUUCACAAAUCUGGUUCAUUCACGGUUAAGACAGUGAAUUGUACAAGUACUGUAUUUGACUGUAUAUGGACCCUUCAUGUGUGUGAAGGCUUCUGCAAAAUAAUAUCUGGUUUAUGAGAUGCUCCCUUUAAACCUGUGAUUCUUAUCUACAGUGGCGAGGGCUAUGCAAAAGUCAGAACUGAAAACGUGAAUGAAUCCUCCUGGAACGUGCAGAAUUACCACUGCGCAGUGCAGCAGCUGUGUUAGGAGCUCAAUAACACACUAACAUGGCUUUUUCAUUAAUCACUACACACAAUACCUAACUUUAAACACUCGUAAGAUUUUCAGUAGUGCUAAGAAGUCUUUGGUGUUUGACCCAUUUCUCAGUGAAACAUCCUAAAUCUAAUUGUAUAGCAGAGUUGCGUUUCAGUACAUCUGAAUCGAAGCAAAAUCAUGUCACGUCCCCACGUUUCUGGAUUUAGGUUUUAUUUCUGUAGUUUUGAACAGUUGUAUCCAUUCUCACAGAAAUAAAACUGUUUUGAGAUCUAAUCAUGGAUUAUUCAAAGUCACACUGCCUGGUGCAAGGAUGGGAAUCAAAGCUGUUGAAUAUAGCAACACAGCACCGAUUUUUCAACUGUACCGUAGCUCACUGCGACACCUUUCAAUAGACAAUGCCCUGUUUAAAAAGCCAGAUGACUGUAAAUACUAAUGUAAAUGUCUGUGUUUGGGUGUAUUUACAGAUACACACACACAACACGUCCUAGCUCUGGAUUAGCUGCAUGGCAUGUUGGCUUAGUGUUAGUACUCCCAAUGCUUCAAACUUCAAGCUGUUAUUGUAAUCUUUAGCUGCUUAUAAACUAAAAAAGAAGGAACGAAUUUAAAAAGGUGUGUACAGAAAGCAGAGAUCAGCUAAAAAAAAAAAGUCAAACACAGCAUUGCUUUAGAAAUAUAAACCACUGUUUUUUGUAAAGGUUUUUUAAUUUGAUUUGCACCUUCUUUUUUUUUUUAAACAGCUGCCCUAACGGCAGGUUUUUGGGGUUACUGCUUGAAGUCGGAUGAUUAUUUAAUGAAUGCAAGUCACUGUUUGAGCCUUUCAAUGAAGGGGGACAGGAGGAGUUUUCUAUGUUAGAGCUACAUUUGCCUGAGAUGAGGGCUCGGAGGGGAAAGCAGCACAUUGCAACCUGCAAGCCAUGUGUUGCAUUUGCUUGCAGAGCUGUAGAGCUGAACAUUGUCUUUACACACUCAUUAGAGAAAUACAACUGGGUCACUUGUUGAUGCAAGGCACAGUAGUAUAGCUGUCCUUACACUUAGUCGUCAUGUCAGUGCCUCCUGAAAUGUUACUGUGAUGAAUUGCAUUGGCAUCCAUCAUUUCUGCUGGCCCAGGCAAGACGAUGACAUACAGCUCUUCCUGAUUUUGCAGGAAAGUUGCCUUUACAUCCAAUGUGAAUACGCUAUACAGCGUAGUUUGCCAGCUAUUAGUAUGGUUGUACGUUUUUGCUACAAACUGGGAAACUCUCCUGUACUUCCUAACACCUGUGGACGGGUCCCCUAUGAAAGCUGUGCCAUGGUAAGACCACAUUCGCUAUAGCGUUGUUUAAUAAUCCGCACUGUUAGGACCUUUCCUCAGGAACAGACCUCCCUGUUAUUGAAGCACUUCAAACAUACAUUGAAGCACAUGCCCCCUUGAAAUACUAAAAUAAUAAUCUAUAACAUUACAAGAAACGGCACUCUAGAUAUAUACAUUAGAAAUGUUGCAUAUUCAUUAAAGAAAGUUAAGGUCGACACAUCCAUCGGUAUGUACAUCAUGCUUGAUAUCAGAACCACUCGGUGUACCAAAUCUUUACCACAAGAGAUUAUAGUUUGCCCAUAGCCAGGGGGCUGACAGUAAAGAAUACUGUGAAACACUGGCUAAGUAAAGCAUCAUUUUACAAGGUUGAAACAUGACACCACUUCAUAAGGGACCAUUACCUCUGAACAUAGCUGUGCCUUUCUGUUCAAGCUAGCCUUACCAACUACUUGUAGCUAGUUUGUUAGUUAUUUUAUAUAAUAAAAUGUCCACCUGUAUAGAUUUUGUACCAUUGCUAAUAAUUAUGUUUUAAUAUCUUAUGUACUGUAACCUGUGUUUUUUUUAUAUUUGUCAUAUCUCCAUCGUUUGUUUUUUAUUGGUUGUAUUUUAUUUUAUUGUUUGUUGGUUUGUUUGUUUUACACAAGCUGUGAAAAAAAAAAAAGUGUGCACUUUAAUCCAGGAAGUGAAGAUGGGGAGGUCCAGGGAGGAGUCUCUGUAUUUUAGGGAUGGGAAGUAAAACUCCCAUUGCAUAGCGGUUUGAUCCAUUCCUGGUUUUGCUAUGAGUUUAAUAGCACACACUUGAGCUUGUUACCUAUGCACUGUGGCGAAUCAAGCUUGUAACAAAACCUGGAAUGGGUGAAACUGCUAUGCAAUAGGAGUCUUAUUUCUACCCCUGGUAUUUCACUGUAAUUGGAAUAAAAUGGGCAAUCCCUCAAAGAC